AUGCCUGGUGGCUGUGUGGUUGGAUGUUGCUAUCCUGAGGUGCUACUAGGAGGAAAGUUUUGCACCUUAAUUUCAGAUUCACUUUCUGUGAGACAUAGGAGGCUCACAAAUUUGAAAUUAGACUUAAGGAGUGUUUGCUUUGUAGCAUUGGUGAUUGGCAUGGAGGAAACUCUGCAAGCGCUCGAUGAUCUGAUUUCCCAGUUUCUGAGCUUGGAUCGGUCUCUCUGGUCCAGUUCUGAUGAUGCUGACUCCUUUUUAGAAGCUGUGGAUGAACUAACUUCCACCAUCCAUGGCCUUGAGAACACCUCUGCAGAUCAUGUGCUCCUUGAGAGCUUUGACCUCCUUCUAGAGCGAUGUUCCACGAGGCUUAAGGAUGAGUUCCAGCAACUGGUGGGUACAUCUGGCUUCAGUGAUGACUGUGGUGGUGACCACAAUUUCAAGAGAAGCCAAAAUGAAGAUGACAACCACACCUUUGUAGCCCAACCAGUAAGAAACUUUGACAUCAUUGUUGAUGCCUUACCAGAGGGUGUAGUCACUGAGGCAAAUCGAAUCGCAAGAAGGAUGAUCGCUGCUGGUUUUGGUGAUACAUGUGCGGAGACCUAUGCUUCUGCACGCCGCAACUUCAUUGAUGAGAGUAUUGCUCGACUUGGGGUUAAUGCUCAUUUCGAAGAAUUGUGCAAGUCAACAUCAUGGGAGGAGCUUGAGACUCAGAUCAUGCGAUGGAUACCUGCAAUACGAGUUGUGUUCCACAUCUUAAUCCCAAGUGAGCGUCACCUAUGCAAUUGCAUUUUUGAAGAAUUUACAUCCUACACUAAACUUGCCUUUGCCACCGCAUGCAAACCAUUUCUUCAACUCCUGUCCUUUGGCAAAGUUAUUGCUGCUGCUGGACAUAACCCAGAGAGUCUCUUCCGCAUAGUUGACAUGUAUGAUGCUUUAACUGAUAUUCUUCCUGUCCUUGAUGAAGCCUUUGAUCAUGAGGUAGCUGCUCUUCGUGAAUGCCUUGGAUUGUCAAUUAAGGGCAUAUUUGUGGCUCUAGAAAAACUGAUACGCUGUGAUCCAUGCAAUUCUUCACCACCAGAUGGUGGAUUGCAUCCAAUAACAAGGUAUGUGAUGAACUAUCUUAUGGCAGCUUGCGUGUCUCGCCAUACUCUGGAAGAAGUGAUGCUUGUGGAGUUUGGUUGUGUUGAAACAUGUCCAAUCGAUCCUGACCGUUCCACAUCAUCACUGGCAAUCCGCUUUGCUUGGAUUGUGGAUGUGCUGAUAGGGAAUCUUGAGUCCAAAUCCAGGAUUUAUGGUCAUGCUCCUCUUGGCUGUGUCUUCCUGAUCAACAAUGGGAUCUAUAUAAUCAAGAAAGUCAAUGGUUGCGAGCUUAAGAUCUUGCUGGGUGAGGAUUGGACCAGGGUAAUAUCUGCAAAGGUUCACCAAUGGGUGUUGGAAUACCGCCGGGCUACCUGGGGGAGGGCCAUAGCAAUACUUGAGACUGGCAGAAGAUCUGACAGUAGUUUGAGUAUUAUGUUAGAGAAACUGAACCGCUUCCAUAGCUUUGUGGAAGCAAUUUGCCAGGUGCAGUCACGGUGGGUACUGGUGGAUAAGCAGCAAGCAGUGAAUUUGAGUAUUAUGGUUGAGGAGCUGGUUAUUCCAGUGUACAGGGAUACAAUUGAGAUGUUAAAGGCAACAGAGGCUGUAGGGGUUUCAUAUGUGCGACCUGAGGACGUGAAGUCACGGAUUCAGCGGUUGUUCAAAGCAAUGGCCAAGUCAUAGAGUGGCUUUUCUGGCUGUGGCUUUCUGAGAGCCGAAGAAUAUGCAGCUUACUGCUGGUGGACGGCAUACAAAGCAUAUGCUGGUUAUUGUGCAGAGUGCAGAAUUUGGCGCAGAGUGAACAUGCUGAGCAAUUUCUGGUACAAUUUUUUUUUUAAUCUUGGAGUUCAGAUCCCUGUUUCAGAUUUGUGCGGUGUAGUCCAGAUUCUUUUUUUAGUAUCCCAAUAUGGUUUGGCUCUCGUAAAGUGGCAGCGAUUUUGGUUUUUAUCCCGUUUUCUUGUGAUACGCAUGACGGCAUGAUACUCCAAGAGCGACUCCUGAAUUUUCUUCGGAGUGAGGACUUCUAAUUUUUUCUUUUAUUUUCUUAUUUUGUUUGAAGCAAAUGUUUGCCCCAAUAAAACAAUUUACAGAUCAAUAUUUGCUGUAGGACAAAAGUGUACACGCAAUACACACACAACAAUAUAUGGAUGAUGUGUUGGAUUGGAGUCUGUCGGGAGUCCGGACAAGGUGAGCUCACGGGAUGUUGGCCUGAAUGGGAUCGUCCAGCUCCCUCCAUUCCACUUUCCACAUGGCCAUAUGGCACGCCCGCACGGGCAAAGCUGAAGUACGUUCAGAACACCAGGGUUCCGCCGCCGCCGCUAAUCUGUGUGCGUCGUCUGAAUCGAGAUGAAGUUACUGGUAGGAGUACAUGAAACCGGACCUGCCAGACUUUCAUUUUGCGUGGUAGCAUAUGCUGGUUUGUCCAUAAUUUAUAGUCAAGUUACGUCAGAACGCUUUUCUGUGUGGUAUAUGUUCUACCACCGCUUGAGUUAGAGGUGUUCAAGGAUGAAGUUUGCAGAAGUCUGAAAAGUAAGGAUUGAACUUUCAGAAAUGUAUACAGUGUUUGAAAGAAAAAAAGCAAGAUUUUUAAGGGAAAAAAUCAUGAAUUU